AAGUCAAAGUCUGAACAAAUUAAAUUUGCCAAUUAGCCUGAACUGUCUUCCUGGUGAGGAUGCUUCAUAGCUACUCCACUAAACAGUGUUCUUGAUUACCAAAUUUGUUAACAACCAUAUCCUCACUGACAACUCCAAGCUCCAUUACUCUCUCUUCUCUGCCUGCUCUAUAAAUACCGUUUGCCCUUUCGUCUGUUUCCUCAAAUUCUCUAAAAUCUUCAACCAUGGCAGCCAUUUUUACGCUCAUAUUUGCCCUUCUCAAUCUCAUGCUUCAAAUUUCUUCCCCUGUAUUCUCGCUUGACGUCCACUACUAUGAUCACACUUGCCCUGGGCUGGAGACCACAGUCACCAAUGCCGUCGGUAAAGCGAUGAAAAACGACAAAACAGUUCCUGCUGCACUACUUCGCAUGCACUUCCAUGAUUGUUUUAUCAGAGGUUGCGAUGGUUCAGUUUUGUUGAACUCAAUGGCGAAUAAUAAAGCAGAAAAAGAUGGACCUCCCAACAUUUCAUUGCAUGCGUUUCAUGUAAUUGACCAUGCAAAGAAAGCGGUGGAAGCUUUGUGCCCUGGCGUCGUCUCUUGUGCUGAUAUCUUGGCUCUUGCUGCUCGAGAUGCAGUUGCUUUGUCAGGAGGUCCCUCUUGGGAUGUACCAAAAGGGAGGAAAGAUGGUAGAAUUUCGAAGGCUACCGAUACCAGACAGUUGCCAGCUCCCACCUUUAAUAUUUCUCAACUUCAGCAAAGCUUCUCCCAGAGGGGUCUUUCCAUGGAAGACCUCGUGGCUCUCUCAGGUGGCCAUUCCCUUGGGUUCUCUCACUGCUCAUCCUUUCAAAACAGAAUCCACAAUUUCAAUGCCACCGUCGACAUCGACCCAUCAAUGAACCCGUCUUUUGCAGCCCAUUUAAGAAGCGUAUGUCCUGCGCACAACAAUGUGAGAAGUGCAGGUUCCCCAUUAGACCCCUCGGCCACCGUAUUUGACAACGCAUACUACAAGCUACUUCUUCAGGGAAAGAGCAUUUUCUCUUCCGAUCAAGCUCUACUCACUACCCCAAAGACUAGAGAUCUGGUUUCCCUGUACGCCAGUUCCAAAAUGGCCUUUGAAAAGGCUUUCGUGCAGUCCAUGAUCAAAAUGAGUAGCAUCACUGGUGGACAAGAGAUUAGGCUCGAUUGUAGAGUAGUUAAUUAGUGAGCAAGGCCGUUCGCUGAGAUUUGUUUUUUCGAUUUUAUGAUGGCAAAUUUAGUUAUUUGAUUGAUGAAAGCAUUAAGGUUGAUGUUAUAUUUGGAUUUGCAGUCAUAUGAAUGUGAUUGUUUUAUGGGAAA